AUGUUACAUACAAUUAAUUAUAAAUAAUUUACUACCAGAGCAAGUUAUUGAAAAUAUAAAAAAUAUAAUUAAAUAAAAUGACUUAUUAUCAUGGGCAGAUAGGCCUACCGGGAAACCGGGAAUUUCCCGGUGGGCCCCCCUUCGUAUUUCGGUAAUGGGGCCCUUUAAUAAAAUGCAAUUACCUACGAUAGAAAUAAUUUGAAAUAUCAAAUAAAAUAUUAUAAUCUUAUAUCUCAUAUACAUUAGGUACUAUCUGUGGUCUUUUUCAAAACAUUUCUUAUCGGCCCGCAGCCGCCGCGCUCUCGCAACUACAACGUUGGUUAAUGGUUGGCGGCGGGUAGUGGGUCACGGUUGAAACUGGUAACUGGUGAGGUGGGUAAUGACUCACAAUUAGGUUGUUGUAGAUACUAUUUUUAGAAUAAUCUAAACUAAACAUUGGACUUUUUCAAUGCUAUCGUGUAUUUGUGUGCGGUAAUAUAAUGUAAUAUUUACUAUCAUCACAAACAAAUAAAUUGUAGAAUUAUAAUUAUUAUAUACUUAUUGCACUAUUGCAGACAUAACGUUUCUACUAACUCGCGGUUACUCGUUAGUCAUUUUUCUUGAUAGUUUAAGUUAUAUAGUUGAUUAGUAUUCAGUGUUAUAUAUUAUAUUCCUUAGUUCUUACACAUUGCAUAGUACAUACAGACAUACAGUUAAAACAGACGUUUACGUGCUGUUUUAUUUUUUUCAAUGGGCAAUUCCAAAAAAUUACAUAAAAGCGGAAGUGCUAAACGAAAAAAAAAGGAGAAAGAGAUGCUUAGAAAGGAAGGUCAAAACCCUAAUCAAAAAAAAUUAAAUUUUGUAAAAUCAAGUGACAAUAAUUUGAAAAAAUGUAGCAGUAGUGUAAUUGAAAAUGAAAGAGAAAAUCUGAAUAAUGAUAAUGAUGUCAAUUCUUCAAAACAAGAUAUUAAAGAUAUUGAAAAUGUUGAUACCAUGGCAAUAGUUGAAACCUGUUCAAAUAUUGAUAAUGGUGACAGUAAUUUGAAAAAAUAUAACAGUACUGCUAUUGAAAAUGAAAGAGAAAAUCUGAAUAGUGAUAAUGAUGUCAAUGCUUCAAAACAAGACAAUGAAAAAAAUCAAGUUAAUACAAUUGAAAAUGUUGAAAAUGUUGAUACCAUGGAAAUAGUUAAAACCUGUUCAAAUAUUGAUAAUGAGGCUACUGAUAUGUUUAUAAAACCUAGAAGUAUUAAUUUUACAAGCUUUUGGUCAUUCCAUCCUCAUCAACCGAAAACCAACAUUCCAUUCAGACCUUCAAAAUUGUACAACCGUAAGGAUGGAGGUCAUCGUAAAUGGAUAUCUUAUUGUGUUAAGAAAAAAGCAUUAUUUUGCAAUAUAUGUCUUUGUUAUGGUGAUAAAUCUGGAUCAUUUUCCAAAGAAUUUUCUGUCUGGAAACAUGUUUAUGAGCGAGUCAGUGAUCACGAAGAAACAGUAACACAGAAAUUAAAUGUUGAUGCUCAUUUGAUGAAAAAGCAAUUUUCCUCGGUGGAUUCACUUUUAACACACGGACUUGGUUCAAUAAGAAAAAUACAAGUUGAAAACAAUCGAAAUGUAUUACUUUGUCUUAUUGAUGUAUUAAAGUUAAUUGGAAAACGCGGACUAAGUUAUAGAGGUAAAACAAAUGAGGCUGCUUAUUCACUCGACGAUUCUUCCUUAGACCAUGGCAAUUUUUUAGAAAUAACUUUUCUUAUUAGUAAAUAUGAUUCCUUGCUUAAAUCACAUUUAGAUAAAGUUGUAAAAAAAAGUUUAAAAUGUCAUAAUUCUGAAGCCCAACAAGGAGGAGGUCAAGUUACUUUUUUAUCAAAAACUACAAUUAAUUAUAUUAUUGAAAUUAUUGCUAAAAAUAUCAAAUUUACAAUUUCUAAUGAAGUGAAAGAUGCUGUAAUAUAUUCUGUACAACUCGAUACAACACAAGAUAUAUCUGUUACAGAUCAAUGCUCAAUAAUAUUAAGAUAUGUAAAUGGUACAUCUGUCUUUGAAAGAUUAGUUGGUAAGGUGUAGCUCAAGUAAAGGCUCUGAUUUUGUUGGGUUACUCUUAAAAGUUCUCAAAGAUAUGAAUCUAGACCCAAAAUGCUGUAUAGGAAACGCAACCGACGGAGCUGCAAAUAUGCAGGGAGUUUAUAAUGGAUUUUCCACAAAAAUGAGCGAAGCAGCAGUUGAACAAGUACAUGUAUGGUGUUAUGCACAUGUAUUAAAUUUAGUUAUUAGUGAUAUUACAAGCAAAAUUGUCCAAUCUAUUUCUUUGUUUGGUAUCUUGCAAGGAUGUGCGGUAUUUAUACGUGAGCCAUAUAAACGUAUGGACAUAUGGACAACCAAAAAUUCCAAAAAAAAAAUAUGUACAAUCGGCGAAACAAGAUGGUGGUCCAAAGAUGCAGCAUUGACAAAGGUUUUUGGACAAUUUAAUGAACCCGAAAAUGGAUUGUAUGUUGAUCUCAUAACUACAUUAGAUGAAAUUGAAAACAAUUUAGGUAUACCUAAGUAGUAAAGGACUCCAGAUGCUCGAUUCAAGGCAAAAAAUUUAAAAGACGGUUUGUUAAAAUAUGAAACUAUUUUAACUGCCCAAAUGCGAAUUUUUAAAAAAAACCACUCCUCUAUCAAAAUAUUUACAAGGGCAUGGAGUUAAUAUAAUAGCAGCUUAUCAAAUGGUGAAACAAACUUUGAAUGAUUUACAAGACUGUGCCCGCCAAUUUCAAUGUAUAAAAGAAGCAGCCAAUACUUUUGUUGAAUAUACCAAUAAAAAAUUUGAUGAAAUGGAGAAUAAUACUUUAGAAAUUCUAAAUGAGUUACCUCACAUUAGAGUAAGAAAAAAAAAAGACAAUUUACUGACUAUGAAUCAAUAGAUGAACCUAUUACAGAUCCAUUACGUGCAUUUGAAAUCAAUGUUUAUAACCAAGUAUUUGAUACUGUUAUUGAAAGUAUAUUUCAUCAAGAUUUGAAAAACAUGAACAACUAUGUGCCAAUUUUUCUUGUCUCGACCCAAACAAUUUUCAACCAGAUUUACCACUUCCAACAAAUGCUUUAAUAAAAGUAUAUGAAAAAAUCAGAAAUUUUAUUCCGGACAUAACUUACGAUGAUCUUAGAAAUGAAUAUGUUGACUUUACAUCUAAAUGGAGAGAAUUGAAAAAAACCAUUGCUUGUGUGUAUGAUGAACUAAAUAUUCAAGUUACUGAUGAUGGUGAUGAUUCAGAAAAUGGACUCAAGACUCAAGAGUGAUGAUGAUAUUAUAGUAUGUGUGCAUAGUGCCAGUACCAAGUAUUGUGUAACCUGCUGUUAUGAAGUGUUGGUGAAAUAUAAUUUAUACGCAAAUACAUAUCGUGGACUCCAUUUUGCAUAUAAAUUUAUGCUUACUUUAUCCAUUACACGAGUAGAAUGUGAACGUACAUUUUCAAAAUUAAAAUUUGUAAAAAAUUAUUUAAGAAAUACAAUAGGUCAGAAUGUAUUAGAGAGUAUGUUGCUAAUGAAUGUAGAGAAAGAUAUUCUCAACAAAAUUGAUUCCGAAGACAUCAUAAGUAAAUUAGGAGCUACGAGCCCAGUAUUUGGUAGAAUGUUACUAUUUUAAAAUGAAAAACUAAAUUUGAUUAAAUAGCAAAAAACUGUUUUGUUAUACAUUGUUGGUUAUGUGUUAUGCUUUAUUUUGAUGUGGUACUUAAUAAAAUUCAUAUAGUAAUGUACUUGCGAGCGAAGGGAGCAACUUUUUUUUUCAUGUGUGGGGCCAAAAUUGGCCUAUCCGCCCAUGCUUAUUAUGAAUUAUAAAAAUUAAAAAACUAUUUUUUUAAAGAAAUGUA